AUGGUCGUGAAGAGGGCCGACUGUUCCGGGCCCAAAAGCUUCGAGAGCCCGAAAUCCGAGAUCUUCACGCCGUUGUUGUCGUGUAAGAGGAUGUUCUCGGGCUUUAUGUCGCAGUGGAUUAUCUUGUGCUCGCAGCCUGAGUGGAGGUACGAGAGCCCUCUAGCGGUCCCCACCGCAAUCUCGACUCUUUCCUUCCAAUCAAGCGUGUCCACGUCAUCAUCACGGAAAAGGGUUUUAUCCAACGAGCCUCGAUUCAUGUACUCGUACACCAAGAAUCUCUGCCCUCUGCUCGCGCAGAAGCCUUUCAGUUUAACAAGGUUGACGUGGUGGAUUUUGCCGAUGACGGCAAUCUCGGUUAAGAAUUCACGCUUCCCUUGCGCGCCCAAGCAAGUGAUUUUUUUAACUGCGACUUCUGUUCCUUCCUUGAGAGUUCCUUUGUAUACCGUGCCGAAUCCUCCCGAACCUAUUUGGGUGGAAAAUUGUCUGGUUGACUCGACGAGCUCUUGGUAG